AUGUCGCACAACCACAAGCCUCACGGCUUGCGGAUUGAAGAAGAGCGUACGGGACAGGGAAAUGCGAAGACAAUCCUCGUGGGCGGGCCUUACACGCCAUCGCCGUUCGUCUCAUGCUUGUCUCUCCUACCUCUGUCACUUGCCCGUGUUUCCUCCUCUCGCCCCCAUUCAUGCGCGCGACGCCAGGCGAAGAAGAUUCAAGUGGGCGGCCCUUACAGGUUGUCGCCGUGGGGCCCGCUGACGAUUAAGUGGAAGUGCCCGCCUAUUGAAACGGGCGACAAGCUGGUAUUCAAAUGGACACAGCGCUCUGAUAUCCGUCUGUUUGUCACUCAAUACACGGAUCCAGCGACAUUCACCCAACCCAAGAACUGGGCCCAGUGCAAGACCAGCAAGGCCACGACCCUCAAGAAAGCGUCGAAAUCGGGGAGCUUCACCUACACUGUUUCAGCAGACGAUCAUUUCAAUCUCAUGUUUGCGAGCGGCGUGGGGAACAUGUGUAAGCGGGGACAACGCUUCAUGUCGCCUAUUCCCAAGUGCACUACAUCUUCUGGGUGUAUUGGUGCUUGA